AAGUCGGCCUCUACCUCAACCGUAGCGCAAAUACGUCAUGUUCAGUUGAGGGCAACCUGCGUUGUCAAUCACGGCGACAAUUUUCCUCCUGCACUUACGACGGCUUACCAACAUGUCCCUACCUCUGCGGGCGACGUACACACUCUCACUUAGAGCGACGAACUCGUGUAUACACGAGCCGAACGUGAACCAAUAUCCACAACGACACGACUCCUACUCCAUGGCCACCCAGUUCAUGGCUGCCCUUCCACCCACAUGCGGCGCACCAGCAUUCGAUCCGAAACUACCCCUUACUCGAACGUGCGCACGCUACUAUGUUGGUUCUGGUAAGAGGCGGCCAGCUCAUCGAGCAGAGAGCCAAUCUUCCAACCCCUUCGUAAAGUGUAAUUGCGUCUUCAAAACUGCAUUGAAAGUCUGCGCCGGGUUGUUCGUUGUCACGAAUCCGCUGGGAGUGAAGAAGGACUGCUAGCUCGUGAAUAGGCCAUUGACCACACUUGUACGUUGCUAAAGUGAUUCACCAGUGUCCCUCAGUUUUAAAUAGGCUGCAUGUGACCUUGCACAGUGUAUGUCGUAUCUAUAUCACGUAAAAUAGAAGCAUAUACACUCGAG